UAUUCAAAACGAGACGUUGAGGAAAUGUAUAAAUGCACAAUGUGGAUCUUCUGAGCGCAACCCAUUUGUGUGCUGACUGUCGGAGUGUUCACUGCAAGUUUACUGUCUCUCACCGGGGUUUGAAAAACCGUUAUUUAAGUGAGCAUUUGAGCCAGUGGCCCCUGUAGACUACACAUCACAGACCCUUGAAGUGCAAAGCGGAGUAGACAGUCAACAUGACCAAGGGACCUGCGCCGUGACACUCUCCAAUGUGUAUGUUUGGAUGGAAUUGUGAACUAUUAUGAAGCGCUAUGGCUUGGUGUGACCGUGGGGUUCAAACAUUGUUGGCUACCGUAGGGGCUUUUGCGGCUUUCAGUCUCAUGACCAUCGCCAUCGGGACGGACUACUGGCUUUACUCACGGGCGUACAUUUGCAACGCCACCAACGCUACCACUGACGAGGCACAGCCGCAACCCAAGAAGGCCAGGGGUGAUCUUACGCAUUCGGGACUUUGGAGAAUCUGUUGUAUUGAAGGUAUCAAUCAAGGGAGCUGUUAUCGUAUCAACCAUUUCCCAGAUGAUAACGACUAUGACACAGACAGCUCGGAAUAUCUCCUGCGUAUUGUGCGUGCCUCCAGCAUGUUCCCCAUCCUCAGCACAGUCCUUCUGAUGUUUGGGGGGCUUUGUGUCGGGGUGGGGCGCAUCUACAGCAAGAGGAACAACAUCCUACUAAGCGCAGGCAUCCUGUUUGUAGCUGCAGGCCUGAGCAACAUCAUCGGCAUCAUUGUCUACAUCUCCAGCAACGCCGGCGACCCCAGCGACAAGCGCGACGAGGACAAGAAGAACACCUACACCUACGGCUGGUCCUUCUACUUUGGCGCUCUCUCCUUCAUCGUGGCCGAGACCGUGGCCGUGCUCGCCGUCAACAUCUACAUCGAGAAGAACAAGGAGUUCCGCUGGAGAGCCCGCCGCGACUUCAUAUGCUCCCUCUCCUCCUCCUCGCCAUACUCCCGGAUACCGAGCUUCCGCUACCGCCGGCGAACCUCGCGCUCUAGCUCGCGCUCCUCCGAUGCCUCGCGGGAGAACUCGCCUGUGAUUGGUAUGACGGCGCCUCCGCCCCUGCCUGGAGGCCCGCUAGGGGAGCUGUCUAUGUACACUCUGACGCGGGAUCCGCAAAAGGGCAGCAUGGAGGAGAAUGCCUACAGCCCGGUACACGAGGAUUCUGACUUCCUGCAAGUCCACAACUGCUUCCCCAUUGACCUGAAGGAUGGGGUCAACCGGCGGACCACGCCUGUUUGAGUGGGGGUCUAGGUUGGUGACCAAGACCCCUGCGCAGGAUAGCUGGGAAGGUAGGGGCCUGUGGGCCUUGGGAACUGUUGAACCAUGUGGUACAUCCUCCUGUGGGAGAGUUAGAAGCUCAGUGUUAGUACAUAGAGAGGAGAUGAGUAUGCACCCUAAAGGGUGAGAAACCACUUGGCGCUAC